UAUUGUCUAUGGGUGGAUUUUGUUUACUAUCAGCUGUUUCAGUUUGCCGCUUUACUUACAUUUUAAUUCCUGUAAAUAAUAUAAUUGAAUUUGAUUUAGCAUGUCAAUCACAACAUUGUAUUACUUGAAUUUGAAGAAAGAAAAUGCCCACGAAGACUCUAUUUGGUGCUGUGGCUGGAGCCGGAUAAAGCAUGAGAAGGCAAAAAAUACCGAGAACGAUGAAAAUAAUGAAAACCCACAAGACUCCCCGACACCUCAAGAGGAAGAGCAUGAAGACUACAUCAUAACUGGCGGUCUCGACGACGUCAUCAAAGUGUGGCAGCUCAACAACGGCAAGCUGGAUGUGAAGCACCAGCUUGAGGGGCACUCGCUCGGGGUUGUGUCCGUCGCUGUCAGUCCCGAUGGGAAAACUCUAGCCAGCAGCUCCCAAGAUUCCUCUCUGAUCCUAUGGGACCUGGCCUCUGGUGAGAAAUUGCAAACUAUGGAGACGGGUCCUACAGAUGUGUGGACGCUAGACUUCUCUCCGGACGGCAAGCAUGUGAUCUCAGGAAGCAAUGCUGGGAAGAUUCUGAUGUUCGGCAUUGAUGGCAAACAAGAACAAACCUUAGAUACAAGGGGAAAAUUCACAUUGAGUGUUGCUUAUAGCCCAGACGGCAAAUACAUAGCAAGCGGGGCUCUCGACGGCAUAAUCAACAUCUUCGACGUGGCUCAAGGCAAGCUGGUUCAUACUCUGGAGGGCCAUGCCAUGCCCAUCAGGAGUCUCUGCUUCUCCCCCGACUCACAGCUACUGCUCACUGCCUCUGACGAUGGGCAUAUGAAGCUGUAUGAUGUGGCACACGCAAACUUAGCCGGCACCCUGUCGGGUCACGCGUCGUGGGUACUCUCUGUGGCGUUCUCUCCGGACGGGAAGCGCUUCGUGUCCGGCAGCGCAGACCGCACCGUGCGCGUCUGGGACCUGGACAGCAUGCAGUGCCAGAAUGUCUUUAAAGAACAUACUGAUCAGGUGUGGGGAGUUAAGUUCAACGCAGAUAAUAAUAAAAUAAUCUCAGUAUCAGAAGAUAAAAGUAUAAAUAUUUAUGAUUGUCCAUUAUAGUAAGAUUACACUGGUAAA